UUUUCUCAAACAAGUUGGAAAACAGGAAUUAAUAAACAUGAAAAUAGGCAGAAACAUGAAAAAUACGAAUUUAGAAAACUCCCUAUAACCUAUUGACAUAAUUAAAACGACUCAUGCUUCUCAUAGACCCUGGAAAUUACAGGAAAACUAGAAAAAAAAGCUAUAAAUCACACUCCUAAUGACAAAACAAAAAAUUUAACUUGCGGAUAGAAUUUGCAGAUUUUGGAAGUACAAAGAACAAAAACUAAAUUUUUAUUUUUUCCAGACGAAAAAGAUUUUCUACAAGAUAUUGACCAUCAAUUAGCAGAGAAUGGCGUUUUCUUUCGAUAUGUUCAGCUGAAAUUUGAUGACCAUAAACAGACUCAAAUUACAACUGGUGGGGGAAAGUCGUCAACGAUAAAUGAACGAAUCCGUAACAUUAGUUCAAACAUAAUUCGUGUGGCUAUUGUAGAGCAGGGCUCAGAUUUUGAUGCUUUUGUAAUUGUUCGUCCUUGCCCUCAACUGAGUGAUGCUGAAAAGAUUCGUGAAUAUUCGUGAGCUUUUUUUUAUUUUUUUGAUGGGUUGUGGCCUCUCGAUCUGGGAUGUCCACAACAGAGAUUUUUUCUUGUUUGUGGAUUUUUUCUUAUUUUUUUUUGCAAUUUUUUGCUGAUUUUUCGAUUUUUUGCCGACUUUUGAUUUCUGCGGAUUUUUCUAUUUUUUACAACCUCUCACCUCUCAAACGCACCUGAUUUUUUGUUUUUAACCCCCUACCUUUUAGUUAUGUCCAGCACUUUUACUAUGAGAAUUGGCUUCUUAGAAGUAAGUUCUCAAAAAUUCUUAAAAAUUCAUUUCCCCUCUCAUAUUUUUCGAUCCUCGAGGUGCUGUAAUUGGCUUUGCACUUUGUCUAUUUGCCAUUCUUUGCGCUAUUUCCUCCUAUUUAUUUCAUAUUUGGGAACAGGCUAGAAUUCGAAAGAAAAUAAUUGCUUCUCAACAACCGG